AAAUAAAUUAAACAAAAGUGAAAAUGGGUGAACAACAUGGAGGGUGUAAAGAACUACUCUUUAAACGUAUAUUAAUGGCAAUUACAUUCAGUAUAAUUGUCCAAUUUAUUUUUAUGAGCAGCGUUAUUUUACUAGAAAAUGUUGACAUGACAUCUCCUUUGUCGUGGAUCGAAGACACCUGGAAAAUAAUAACAUGUUUGAGGAUGUGGUGCUACAUGAUCAUUUUUGCAAUUAUGAUUACUCUCCAAGGAAUUAUUUUUAGUAAAAAUUACUUAAACUACUCAUACUCAUCGUAUGCUCAAAGCAGAUUCUUUAUGUUCUGCAAUUUAUUCACUUCUCAUAACUUAAUGGUUAUUUUGAUGUACCUUAUAAAUGGAAUAGUACUGGUAUGGUUACAUCUAACUUUGGUGGAUGGAAAAUACAGUUCAUUGACUAAAACUUGCAGGCGAAAUAUUUCAACAACGAUCUCUUCAACUUGUCUUGUUGAAGAGCAUUUAUUUUUACUGCUUGGCGGUAUUUGGACUGGAAUUUAUUAUUUUACUAAAACAAAUAUAUAUGUUUUUCACAGAUUACAAUUUCCAAUCAUUCCACAGUAUAAAUUCACUCAAAUACGCAGAGGUAUCAGUACUUUAUUGCCAAUAACAGUGAUGAAUGCCAUCUGGCCAACGAUGUAUUUUAUAGGACUAUAUUAUUUUAUCGGUUCGUAUAUUAAAAACUUUGUAGCCUCUUCUUUAUUUAUUCACACAGAAGAGGAACAAUCGUUGGACUCAGUAUGGAGAUUAUUGAAUUUAUCAUUGAUAUUACACUCAUGGUUAUACACAUCAUUGUUUGCUUUAAUAAUAAACAGUAUGCAUUUACUAUUUAAUGCUUACUUAACAGAAUGGAUGAAGUUUGAAGUUGGACGUCAAAUAAAUGUUUACAACAAUGUUAAUCAGCAAGAUAUUACAACGACUCUUCCAGAUGCAUUAGCUAUGAGUAAAGUGCCCAUUAUUCAGCAUCUAGGCUUCUUGGAUCUAGUGACUCUGGCACAGAAAGAAAAACAGCGUAGAGCCGUUUUGUUUAGUCUGAGUCAACCUGGAGGACAUCCUUACAAUUGGAACUGCGUUGUCGAAAAAUGUCUAGCAUUUAUAAACAACUUUGCCGUCGAAAUAAACAAGACUGUUUGUCCUGUUCCUGUAAUUCAGCAACCAGGUAGCAAAAUAUUAACACCUACUUCUCCUUCGCCACAAUUAUCAGACACAUGUUCUGAAAGAUUUGGAAUGGAGCCUCGUUACAUGCGAAGCUUAGUUAAUCAUGAGCUAUCUCCAACACCAGUGGUAGAAGAUGUCACUCCAACUGACCAGUGUAGUAAUUAUUUUGGACAAUUGAUUGGAGAAUUUAUAAAAACAACACGACAAAAUAUUACAUCUUAUCUACUGUCGAAGCCGAUUAUUUUUUACUUUUUUGGUAAACAAAAUAACAACAAUAUCCAGUACUUGAUGUUCAAUGGUCAGCCAGUUAUUUGGGCUAUCGAUGGAAUUUCUUUGCUCGCUGUGGCGUCUCUCGCCGAGGAUCCAUAUGGUAUCGUACAAAAAGACUUACCAGCUAUUAUUGAAGCCCUACUUGGUCUCAAACAAUCAUUGGAUAAGCUUCAUAAAAUGAACAUACUAAUAACAACAAAGAAACAGCCACACUACGAUGAUAAGGAUGUUAGGCAAAUGUUAACAACUUUGAGAGUCGCCAACAGACGGAGUAUUUAUAGGAUUGUUACUAAGUUCAAGAACUACGUCGAUGAUUUAACUCUGGAUCAAUCAAUCAGGGACCAGCUGAAUGGAUUUUUUGUGUGUAAAGAGUAAAUAAGUUAUAGUUGUUACUGUUAUCAUAAUUGAAAAAUACGUAUGUGAGUGUAUAAGACAUUAAUUAAAAAAAAAAAAUUACAACUAUUUUUACAGACGAAUAAACAUAUU